ACAGCUGAUUGUCAAAAUUAUAACAAUUUUAAAAAUAAAAGUCAUGGCCGGAGCUGUAGAUGAAUUAAUGCUCUUGGAGCGAGUUUUUCUCAGAUUGGGAUCAGCUGAAACCGAUGAACAACUGCAAAAUGUUUUAUGUAAAUUUUUACCACCCGUUUUACUGAAACUAUCAUCCCAACAAGAAGGAGUUCGAAAAAAGGUUAUGGAAUUGUUAAUUCACGUAAAUAAAAGAAUCAAAACAAGACCCUUGGUACAGCUGCCAGUAGAAGCUCUGUUAACUCAGUACCAAGACCCCGAAGCUACUUCUUUUGUAACUAACUUUACAAUAAUUUAUAUAAAAUCGGGAUUUCCAAGACUACCGAUAGAAAAACAAGCUGAAUUAGUCCCUGUAGUACUGAACGCUUUACAGAACAAGCCUGUUUCACAUUUGGACAGCUUGCUUUUGAUCAUAGUACCUUUGUUAGGUAAAGUUAAGGUACCUACAGAGCCUGAAAAGGUGGCUACAUUAUUUGGCUUGAAUGAAAAACCUCAAAUUACGAAGCAUCUCUUGGAAAUAUUACUGGACAUGCUUCUGUUGCCUUACAGUGCACUUUCUCCACAGUCUAACGAUGGGGAAUCACAGAAUGGUAGUGUUUCUUUACCAGUACCACCUGGAAUGAGUGAGAUUGCGUAUAAAAGAAUAACAAAUAAUAUUCCUAUGAAACCUGAGGAACUAGAAGAGGUAAAAUUAGGUAUAGUAAAGUUCUUAGCGCAUGGAGUGUUUAAAAAUGAUGAUAUUCUACCACAUUUAGUGAUAGCUGCAGCUGAUACAAGGUUUGCAGUUGCCAAUCUAGCUGAUAAUGAGCUAAAGAAAGUUGUAGGUGGUGUAGACUGGACUUCAACUCACAUCUCCCAACCAUUGUUCACGUUAUUUUUGGGUACAAAACCAGCAAAAGAGGAUCAGAAAAGAGUACCGGCUAACACCAGGAUUAGAUUGAAGCUUCUGACGUAUUUGUGCAGGGUUACAGGGUCAGGAUUUUUAUUUCCUGGAAGUAUACAGGUGGUUUUUGAUAGUUUGUAUGGAGAAAACACUAAUACCAGGUUGAAAACGCUGGCGUUGAAUUUUACAGCAAAUCUCAUAAGAUACGCGACAGGUGAUGCCUUAAAGAAAGUAGCUCCCGUGCUUUUGGCAGGCUUGACAAAACAAGUAAAAGAAGGUGAAGAGGCACAUCAAGGUCAGGCCUACGUAACCAUAGGCAUGUUGGCUCAGAAAUACCCCCAAAUCGUGUUUCACGACGUUGGAUUGCUGGAAUUGUACUUUAAAAACCUCGAAGAGGCCAAUCCAGAGUUAAAAAUACAAGUGAGAGAGGGCUUGCUUAACCUCAUUCUCGCCUACAAAUAUGACAUAUUUCCUCUUGAAUCGGACAAAGAUGGCAGACUAUCCUUACUUUUCGCGUUGAUCAAAAUAAAAAUGAGCGCAGAAGAACCGAUGGUGCGUUUCGCUAGCGUUCGCACUUUGGCCACCAUUUUCCCUCCAGAUCACGUGCCUUCAAAGUUUCUUUUGUUGGUAGCCACCGGAGAUGGGAAAGACGAAGUUUCUCAAGAAGCUUUCAAGUCAAUCUACGGUUCUGCCCGUAAAAACGACAUAGAUUUGUCAAAAGAGAAACCAGAUAAAAAGAUAACAAUGCCAUCUUUCGAGGAAAUCACUAACUAUGUAUAUAGCGAGGCCGAAACCAACAUUACAGACAAAAAAAGAACGGUUAACGUCGGCAACCAUGCCUUGCCCUUCAACGUAAAGACGUACGUGGAGAUUUUGUUGUAUUUGCGACUGUGUUUGGUAAGGAAACUGGAAGUGCCGCUUACUAGAGAGGUUUUGAAGCAUCCUUGCGAGUAUACACCGAAAAUAGCGAAGCAUUUGCGUGAAUUGUACGAUAAAUGCGAUAAAAAAACGAAUUUUUUGGUGCAGUACGGCGAAUUGGUUAGGAGAUUGAUGUUGGCGCAUCCAGCUAUGGAAACGCUGAGUUGUAUGACUGAACUCAUUGGCUCAGUGCCAGAACUGAAAUCUCUGAUCUCAAACGAUGCGCAGUGGAUCAGGGAUCAGCUGAGCAACACCAAGGAAGAAGUGAGAGAAUACGACGCCAUUUUGUACUCGUUAGUUCUGAUCGAGAGGGAGGAUUUCGAAGAGGGCGUUAAGUACUUAAUAGGACAAACGAGUAGCAAAAGCUUGGAGGCUCAACAUGGAGCCUUGUUAGCUAUUGGGAGUUGUUUGGAGAAUUAUAUUUUGAUGAAAAAAUUGAAGAAAAAACCUUUUGAUAAGAACGAUCUUGUAAGAACUUGCAUAGAAACUCUUGUCGGAUUUUUGAAGCAUUCCAAUCAGCUCUUAGUAGGAGCUGCAGCUACCAGUAUAGGCUCUAUAGCAAGAGUGAGAGCUUUACCGUUAGAUUCUGGUAAAUCCCCGACAGUUACGGGAAGUCCCGACGCAAAAAGACCCGCCAUAGAGGGCGUUUCCAAGAUGGAACUCGUCCAAAAACUGUUAGAUAUCAUGAACAACGUCAAACUAUCAGCCAAGGUUAGAGAAAGGGCUGCAAGGUCCUUAGGUCUGUUAUGUGUUGGUGAAAAAUUUGUACACACUAAGGAAGUACUUCAGGGAUUAUUAGGUACUGCUAAAGAGACAAAAGAUGUGGAAGUUCACUUCACCAUCGGCGAAUCUUUGGUGAUGUGCUGUCAGAGCGUUUGGUCACCGGAAUCACGUGAUUUUUGGAGGAUCUUGCCCGAAGAUCACACUCCAGAUUCAACAGAACCUUUACAGGAUGAUUAUUUGGAUUGGUUGUUGGACGAAAUGCUGAAAUUGGCUCGUCAAACUCAUCCAAAUUCAAAACAGGCUUCCUGUAUUUGGUUGUUGGCUGUUAUAAAAGGGUGUGGUGAAAGAGGUCCUAUAACAAAAAGACUUCAGGAAGUCCAGAAUACUUUUAUGGCACUUCUCAGUGAAAGCAACGAUAUUGUACAAGAUGCAGCUUCUAAAGGUCUCUGCGUUGUUUACGACACUUACAAGUCUGAAGAACUACUCAGCGCAUUGGUGAGGCAGUUAACAUCAGGAACUCGAAAUGUUGGACAGGUAGCAAGUGAUACUAAACUUUUUGAAGAAGGGCAACUGGGAAAAUCACCUACAGGAGGAAAUUUAACGACCUACAAAGAACUAUGUUCUUUGGCCUCAGAUUUAAAUAAACCAGACUUGAUCUACCAGUUCAUGCAUUUGGCCAAUCACAACGCGAUAUGGAACUCUAAAAAAGGAGCUGCCUUUGGGUUUUCUAGUAUAGCAGAAAGAUGUGGGGAAGAUCUGAAGACUUACUUGCCUGAAAUCAUUCCAAAAUUGUACAGGUAUCAGUAUGACCCUACGCCGAGUAUACAAGCUUCAAUGUCGAAUAUUUGGAGAGUUUUGGUUUCAGAGCCUCAGAAAAUGUUGGAUCAGUAUUAUAACGAAAUUCUUAGAGAUUUGUUGGAUAACUUGAACUCUGGCCAAUACAGGGUGAGACAGUCUUGUUGUCUAGCCUUACAAGACUUUUUGAAAGGAUCUGCUAAUAGAUCUAUACAUGAUGCAGCUGACCACAUGGAUGAAUUGUGGAACAAGCUAUUCAGAGUGAUGGACGAUCAUCACGAAGCUACAAGACUCGCUGCCAAUCGCACCACAAGAGUUCUUAGUAAACUGUGUAUCAGAGGCUGUGACGUUUCACAAGGCAAAGCAGGUGUCAAAAUGGUGGAAGCAAUUCUUCCCCCACUCCUAAACACCGGAAUAACUCACACAGUUACAGAAAUACGUUUGGUGAGUCUUCAAACAGUUUCUGAGCUGGUCUCAUCGGCUGGGAAGCAACUGAAGCCAUUCUUACCCAAACUUAUACCUGCUUUGCUUCAAGCAACUGGUGAACUAGAAUCGGCUAAGCUGUCGUAUUUGAGUACCAUGAUGGGAGGUCAGUCUCAAGCUCAGGAAGCUAUAGAUAGUGCUAGAGCUUCUAUAGCCAAGUCACAUUUUACUACAGAGACUGUUUCUAAAAGCUUACAAUACGCCGAUUCCUCAAUACUUGAAGAACUGGUACCAAGAAUCGUGGAACUCAUGAAAGGCUCUGUUGGAUUGGGUACUCGAAUUGCCUGUGCCCAUUUUAUUACAUUACUGGUAGUCCAAUUGGGUAAAGAAGUCCAACCCUACUCGGGAAAAUUCUUGGCGGCUUUGGUAAACGGUUUGACAGAUAGAAAUUCGGCUGUCAGAAAACACUACGCCACUGCCAUUGGUCACCUGGUGUCCACUGCUAAGGAAUCCAGUCUGGAGAAGCUUUUUGACAAGUUACAGCUGUGGUAUUUUGAGAGAGAAGAUGAUUCUAUCAGAUCUGCCUGCGCCUACACAAUCCAAUCUAUAGGCAUACACAACCAAGAAAUACUAAAAUCGCAUUCAGAGACCGUUUUGCCUUUGGUGUUCUUCGCUAUGCACGCAGAGAAAAGUCCAGAAACACAAAACACUCUGGACGUCUGGACUGAAAUCUGGUCGGAACACAGUCCUGGUACUGAAACUGGUAUUAGGCAGAAUAUUGAGCAGAUUUGUAAGAUGUUACAGAGUGCUUUAGAAUCGCCAUCUUGGACUACGAAAUCUCAGGCAGCAAAUGCUAUAGCUACUGUUGCUAGCAAACUGGGUAGUACCAUGGAAGCAAAACACAGGAACACACUUUUGAGUAUACUCUUGAAUGGUUUGAGUGGAAGAACAUGGAAUGGCAAAGACAAAUUACUCAAAGCUUUGAGCAGUAUAUGCACUAACUGCAGAGAUUCCUUGAAAGAAGACCAAGAAGUAAAUGUGUCUAACAUUAUACAGGCUGUAGUGAAAGAAUCGAAAAAAGAUGAGAUUGUUUACAAAAUCAGCGCGUUACAAUGUUUGGGCGAAGUUGUAUCAGCUUUGGAGUUGGAUACUUUCGAGGAAGUUUAUAACAUUAUUCAACCCAUUCUCAGUGGUAAUAAUGGUAAAAAUGACGACAACGAAGAAGAGAAAACAGCGGAAGAUGCCAAAAAAGGCAGAGAAAAUGAUAUUAAACUCAAGGAAAUAGCUUAUGAAACUCUAGGUAAAGCGUGGCCAAAUAACAGUGAACAAACUCAGGUAAAGUACCGAGAACUCUACGCCAAUCACAUAGCAGAUACAGUACCAAAAGUUACCAGGAACGUACAAGUCAGCGUCCUGUCAGCACUGUACAGUUUUGUAGAUAAACUAUUGCUGUUAAAACAAGAAAAAUUGGAGGGUUCAGACAAAUCAGCUUUGGAGAGGAUAGUUUCAAAAACUGUCGAAGCAGUCAGCUAUUCUUUAGGCAUUUCCAAGCACACUAGACUGAGGAAAGAAGCCCUAAACAUCAUAUUUUGCCUCGGUACCAAGCUGAAAGAACGCAGUGACGUCACGAGUGAGCUCAACAAAGUAGGGGAAGCAUUUUCUAAAGCGUUGCCAGACUUAAGCAGUGAUAACCAGCCAGAAAUCAAGAGUAGGGUGAACGACAUCAAGAAAAUCUUCGCGUGAUCGUUAUAGGGUUAUUGUGCUAAAAAUAAGAGUAAUUUAUUUGAACGUAAAUUAUUUUUUAUUUUAAUGUGUUUUUGUCUCACCUGACUGAUUUCUUUAUGUAAUUGGUGUAAUAAAUUUAAGAAUAGUGUGUUUCAUUUAUUAAUAAAGAUUAUACCGUGCUGGCCACUCUUA